AUGGCUGAGAUUAGGAGGGGACUGUACCUGGCUCUCGUUUCAUUUCUGGGGCUCACAUGGACCACUGGAGUGAUUGCCUUUCCUUGUGACCAGAUACUUACUUCUCCAUCUCCCCCUUCAACAGUGGACAGCGUGCGUCCCUCAGAUGUGUCCGUGCUCUCCUCGGUCGGCCUGGACUCAAACAGUCCGGAGCUUUCCGGUGUCUUAUCAAAGCUCCAAGAGCUGAUGAGUUUGUUCAAUCCGUCUCUGCUCAGUCCAUUCUUUGAUCCACCCAGCCUCCUCUCUCCUCUGUUCUUUUCCGACAGUUCACUGAUGGAGCAGGCAGAGGAAGUGGCCCUCCAGCUCCAGGACAAACCGGAUUCCUGGAAACUAAUGAUGUUCUUUGUUCCAAUGGAUCAGCUCUGUGCGUGCGAGCAGAAACAGGCCUUGUCUGCAGUUGAUGAAACAGUCAGAGAGGUGGAUGAAGCUUUACAGUUACUCCAAUCGCAGCUAAAGAAGACCAUCGUCAGUGUUGCACUAUGGGAUGGAGAACAAGCCAGUCACCAAAGCAGGAACUGUUUUUGUUCAGGAUCCGUCAGAGAAGGAGAGGUCAAACUUGUGAGAGCGAUGCAGACUUUUGCUUUGCAGAAAUCUCUGGGUGAGCUGUUGGAGAGGAAGCGAUGGUUUUACAAAAGCACAGAAGACUUCACUGUGGUUCUUCAGGAGUCACCGCUGCUCAGAGAAACUUCUGCUAGCGGUGCCUCUUAUACCGACUCAUACCACACAGAUAAACUGCUGGUUCAAACGUGGACGCAACUGCUACAGCCUACAGUUGACAACGCGAAACAAGGGGACUUCGCUCUGCCCUGCCCCUCUGAGUUCCGGCCCUUUUUGAGGACGUCUGCGAACUCGUAUUUAAAGGAAAGCAAUGAUGUGUCACUGCUAGUUGAAUCACUUACAGGGACAGAGAUGCCAUGUUUGGACUUGAGCCCCUCACCUUCAGUACCAAACACAGUACAUAAGCUGAGACCUGGAGAUGUCAAAGUGAUGGCUGCUCUGGGAGACUCUCUGACAGCGGGAAAUGGCAUUGCGUCAAGUCCAAAUAACAUUCUGGACGUCCUGACUCAGUACAGAGGUCUAUCCUGGAGCAUUGGAGGAGAUGACAACUUGACCAGUGUCACCACUUUACCCAACAUCUUCAGGCACUUUAACCCUAAUGUGACGGGGUUUGCUGUGGGCACGGGCAGACAGAACAAUCCUGAGGCCGCGCUGAACCAGGCUGUGGGUGGAGCCACAAGCCACAAUUUGCUGACCCAGGCUCAAGCUCUGGUGAAACUCAUGAAGAACGACUCGAAAAUCAAUUUAACAGAGGACUGGAAGGUUGUUACUAUAUUUAUUGGAGGAAAUGACCUGUGUGACUUUUGCAAAAACUCACUGUUGUAUUCUGUGGAAACUUACAUUAAGAACGUGCGAGAAGCCCUGGAUUACUUGCAGAAAGAGGUUCCUCGUACUCUGGUGAAUCUAGUGGAGGUUCUUCACAUCACACCACUCAGAGAAAUGCACACAGACACGUCACUCAAAUGUCCAACGUGGCUCGUAAAUAUCCUUUGCCCAUGUGUGAUCAUGCCUAAAGACAACUCUGCAGCGCUGCAACAACUGGAGGCUCUUAAUAGAAAGUAUCAGACUGCACUGAAUGAGCUGGUGGAGUCUGGCCGCUAUGACACCCGCUCUGACUUCACUGUGGUGGUGCAGCCGUUCUUCAGGGAAAUAUUUGUCCCUAGACUCCCUGAUGGCCGCCCAGACCGUUCCUACUUCAGCGCCGACUGUUUUCAUCUUAGUCAGAAAUCCCAAACGCAGAUGGCCCGGGCUCUGUGGAACAAUAUGUUGGAGCCACUGGGCAAUAAAACCACCAAACACGAUUUUGUAGCAGGAAUUGAACUUAAAUGUCCAACAAAGACGUCACCAUACAUCAGGACAUACAACAACAGUGACUACAUGUACGCAGGCCCCCCGCCGACCCCUGAUCCUAUUACUAAUUGGGGUAGUGACUUCUCGUGCGUGGACCUUGCUCCAUCUAACCCCGUGCCCACAUCAGUUCACAGACUCCGACCGGCAGACAUCAAGGUGGUGGCCGCUCUCGGAGAUUCUGUCACAGCUGGAGUUGCCGCUAAGGCCAAGAACUUGUUCGACCUGAGUAAACAGUACAGAGGAGUGGCAUGGAGCAUUGGAGGAGAUGCAAGUUUAGAGACCGUGACCACAUUACCAAACAUUUUAAGGAAGUUCAACCCAAACCUUCUGGGAUUCUCCGUUGGACAACUGGCUCUGAAAAAAGGCUUCAACAUGGCCCAACCUGGAGCUAAGUCUUUAGACAUUCCAACACAAGCAGAAGCUCUGGUUAAGGCCCUCAAGAACAACAAGGAGGUGAAUUUUGAACAAGACUGGAAGCUGGUGACGAUAUUUGUGGGGGAUAUGGAUCUUUGUAACUACUGCUUCGAUCAAUACAACCUCACAGCCGAACAUUUCAGCCGCAACAUAGAGAAAAGUUUGGACAUACUAUAUCAAAGUGUCCCUCGUGUGUUGGUCAAUGUCGUCCAAGUUUUGCAAAUAGAUCCAGUGAAAACAGUUCAGAGAAACACAAUUGGCUGUGGCCUCCUGCAAAGAACGCAGUGCCCUUGUGUCAUUAACCCCACCACAAACUCCCCCGAAAUGGAAGAGAUAAAACGGAUAAAUCAUGAAUACCAGGCUGAACUUGAGUUUCUACUCUCUAGUGAUCGAUAUGACGGGAAAGAGGACUUCGCUGUGGUCCUUCAGCCAUUUUUACACAACUACUUUCUGCCACACAUUGGAGAGGGAGAGGUGGACACCAGUUUCUAUUCUCUGGACUGUUUCCAUCUAAGUGACCGGGCGCAGGCGGAGAUGGCCAUAGCUCUGUGGAAUAAUAUGCUGGAGCCAGUGGGAAGGAAGACAGCAUUUAACAACUACACUUACGACCGCUCCAAGCUCCACUGUCCCUCGCAGACCAACCCCUUCAUCUUCACCAAAAUGAACAGUUUACCAGAGGUUACCACCACCCCACCUCCCACUGUGUCCCAGAGCACAGUCUCCCCCUCCACAGACCCCACGCCUUCUGUGACGGGACCCCAGCCGCUGUGCUCCCCCGAGUUGCCCGUGUGGGUCCCCGUGCUGGCCGCCGUCGGGAGUCUGCUGGUCGGGUUUGUGGUCUCCUGGAAAUUAGGAAUCUAA